CGCCCCAAGACGGCUCCGGCAAGCGCUAGCCGCUCCGCCCUGGGCCAAGUCGCAGUGCGUCGACGUUGAAGCCGCGCCGCGACCGAGGGCUGGGCCAGCGCCAGAGCAUACCAAGAAAAGUGAGGACAGUAAUACGCCAGCCAGCACCCAUCCUCCCUUCACUGCACCGCCACACCCCCAUUACGCACUCGCAACGUACGCACGCACGCCCACGCCGCCCGCUACAAAGAGGCUCCCAGACGCUCGCCCUCGUCUGCUCCGUCUUACAUACACCUGCCUGCCUGCCUACCUGAGCUCCACCCACACAUACAGCUUGCGCCGCCGCCGCCGCCGCCGCCGCCGCCGCCAACCGCCAACCGCCAUCCGCCAUCCGCCAGAUUGCCCUGCGCACCUCCCGCACGCUUGAAAAACAUACACGUGUUACGCCGCCUGCAGCCAUGACGCUCGCCGAAGAGUUCAAGUCGCGGAAUUUCAGUAUCUACGGUCAAUGGACGGGAGUGCUGUGCAUCUUCCUGUGCUUUGCGCUGGGCAUUGCCAACAUCUUCCACGCCAACUUUGUCAUUGCCUUUAGCAUCGUCUGCCUGGUGUGUUCGUUUGUCAUCAUCUUCAUCGAGAUACCGCUCCUCCUCCGCAUCUGUCCCACGUCGUCCAAGUUCGAUGAGUUUAUCCGCAAAUUCAGCUCCAACUACAUGCGCGCCGCCAUCUACUUUGUCAUGAGCGCCAUACAAUGGAUCAGCAUCUGGCCCAUGGCGACGAGCCUGAUUGUGGCGGCCAUCUUCCUGCUGCUGGCCUCGAUGUUCUACGCGCUCGCCGGCUUCAAGGGCCAGCAGUUCCAGGGCAGCAAGACGCUCGGCGGCCAGGGCGUUGCGCAGAUGAUUAUAUAGGGCACGGGGGUGGGCAACGAUUGCGAAUAACGCGACACGCUUUGACUGCACGGCGCGACCGAGGGUGAGGGGGGAAUAUACCAUGGCAGCUGUGUAGCUACAUGAGGCCACGACUUGAGUUUGUUGUAUCAUUGGUCAAUAGCUCGGCGUUAGGGGGAGCUACAUGUAUCAUGUGGAUUGCUUGAAUUGGGAGACGGUUGGCCAAGCUUUUCCAGGCAGCCAAAAAUGCG